GCCAUGUGGCAGAGCAUCGGGCUGACCUUGCUGGUGAUCGUGGCCACGCUGGCCUGCGUGCUGCUCUUCAUGCUGUGCGGCUGGUAUGUGGUCUGGCAAUUGUUUCUGUCUAAAUUCAAGUUCCUGAGAGAAUUGAUAGGAGAUACAGGGUCCCAACAAGGGGACAACGAGCUUCCCGAGACUGAAGUUGAUCAGGAAACUCCACCCUCACCACACAGAGGCAGACAGAAAUCUGCUCGCCAGCGAAGGGCUCCUGCCGAAGAAACAACUUAAUUCUCCCUUGGGUUGACUGUGAGUGGUUAAGCACCUCUGCACUGUGUAUGUCGUUCAGUAGCUUCACCUUAUGGAAAACUGACUUAAAAGACCAUAAAUGUGAACCUCUACUUCUGAACUACAAAUAUCUGCUACUUCAGAGGUUUGAGGUGAGGGGUGCUUUGGCAGCAAGUUAGUACUGGAAGAAAGGAGGGAUGGAUAGAAAAUCUGUUGGGGGAGGAGACUGCUGAGCUGCUUUAGGGCCUGUCCCUACAAACAUGAAAACAUUCUGGACAAUAGGCUUAGUGUUUGCAUUCGUCUGGAUGUGGUAAAUGUUUCAGACUUGAAAUGGUUGGUAAACUAUUUUUACUAUACAGCACUAGAACAGCAUCUUGUGAGAUUGGGUUUUAUUUCCAUAGCUAUAUAUAAAGGUAUAUAUUUUUUCUUCGUCAACCUUAUAAAUGCAUGUGAACUUGAAUAACUGUUGGAAGUGUCCUGCUUUAGAAAGUAUUCUAAAGUGAGAUUUCGGUUAUGUUUUUAUAUAUAAAGUAAAAGUGAUAUGUGGAAAAUCAAUAUUGAAUGCAUGUGACGUGGAGCUUUAUCUCCUUAAAAAUGGAAGAUAAGACCCCACUCGGUUUUGACAUCAGGAAAGAGUUACAGAUUAAACAGUCCUGACUGAUUUCUGUGUGUUCUUUCUGAACCUUUUACUUUUAGCCCAAUGUCUGUUGGAGAGGGGAAGGAGCCUAGGUUAAGUAUUUAGUUUAGUCUGACAUGUAAUUGUUUUUUGGUUUCUAAGUGCUUCUUUAGCUCACUUUAUGCACUCUUUCAUUAAGUAGUUGGUAGAACUUCAUGCCUGGAAUCAAUUAAUUGGCAUUCUGUCCAAUUGAUAGAUACCACUGUAACACUUUGAUAGUGUUAUAGCAAUUAAUUUGGUACCUCAUGUUUGGUAGAGAUCUUAGUGAUUUUACCAGUAGUAAGCAGUUGCUCCUUAUUUUUUUUUUUUUUAGUGAGUUAUAGUCAACACAAUGUCAACACUGUUCUUCAGAACUGAGAUCUCCAAUUCUGUUCAUUUAGCAGCUCUAGAGCUCAAUGCAUAAGUUUUCGGAAAGAGGAGUUUGCAUGUGUCACCUGAUGUGCGUAUGGGUAAAAACUACCCAAAAAUGUCUGCUCCAUAGACAGCUUUAGCUUCCCCCCGUCACUCUGUGUGUGGUGAUAUGUGGAUCACUGUUCCCUGCAGUUAAAAUCGUGGAGGAGGGCUACAGAAAAGGUCUUGUUCUUUCAGCCAGUAUGAAGUUCAAGCCUAUGGCUUCUGCAAUUGUGGUUUGGUUUGUUCACACAGCUUUUAGCUGUUUGAUCAAAUAAAAAUUCAUCUGGGCAAACAGCACUCUUCAGUGCCUUUAUGUUUUAAUUCCUCAUUUAUGAAUAUUCUGUAAAAGCUGUUGGGAACUUGCAAGAUCUUAUCCACUUAAAAAGAUCUGCAUGCUUCAGUAUUAAAGUGUGUAAGAGCUGCCCAGUCCUUCCUUGGGACUCUGGAAGUUUGUCUUGGUUUACCAGCAUGUAUGUGUAUGCAUGCUUUGUACUACAGGGUUACACUUGCAAGCAUGGUGAGGCAGUGCUGUGUGCAUAUCCUUUAACUACACCUGUAGAAAUAGUGGUAGUCUCCUUUCUGUAGUCUUUCUGCUGACAAAAAUGCCUACUUACAUUGCUAAAGUAGGAUUUGCAUCUAUUCAGAGUGAUCAAAAGCAUUCCCAAUCUCUUCACUCUAGAUUCUGCCUGCUUGAGCUGCACAAUGAAGUGUCAAAUAAAUGGUACUCUUAUUUCUGUCUUGUCACAUGAUUAGAUUUUCAGCUCAGCAGUGCUACUCAAGUACGGGAGCACUUUACAAAAAUUGGAGCAGCUCUCUUGUGCAUUGCUGACUUAAGCCUACAAAGAAAGGGUUUUUCCUGAUGUAGAAUAUGGACACUCCUCUUGCACUUCAGUUGUAGCUAGGCACAAGUGCACCAAAGACAGCAAAAGGCUCAUGCUUGUAGCCUGCAGAUGAGAUCAGUAACGGUUAACUCGGUUUCUAGUUCCAGUAGCCGAGAAGAAAAGUAAAAUGACAGCAAUAUACGUACAGGAUAACUGUAACUUUUUUUUUCAAAGCAAGGAGCAAGUUAAUGAAGGAAAUUCCAUGUGGGUUUGAAUGCUCACACUGAUCAAGAACGCAAUAAGAUGACAGUGAGAGCUAUUGGCCAUGAGGCCUCUGUGAAGCUCAUGCUGCCCAGCCUCUUUCUCCCUUCUCUGUAGAACUUAGGUUGCAUUUCACUCCCCAGAGUUUAUUUCAGUCUUUUUUUAAAAGCAGACACUGUUUUUUGUUAAUGCUGCUGUGAGGCAGCUGCUAGUAAUGCUGUCUGCAUACUGUACAGCAUUAAUGGUCUUACUAGUUGUGAGGAAAAAGUCUUGUAUUACGAGCUUAGGAAGGCUUUUGUAACAUUCUUCUGUAUAUGUAUAUUUUUUUUCUUGUUAAGAGUCCAUUGUUAAACCUUUAUAUGGGACACUUUGGUUAGUGAGGCUGUGUGUGUGAGUAUGCUUGUGGUAAGACCCAGUCUGUGAUUGCUGGCAGUCCAGUAUACUUUUUGUGUAUUUUUUAAUGAUGUAUUUCUGAAAAGUUGGUUAAGUACUUAAAUUUUGAUUUAAGUCUGAACUGAUGAAAGCAACAGGUUACAUAGUUGAUUUUAUUCAGCAGGGUUUAUUUUUUUAAGCUAUAUGCCUUAUUGUUGCAGCCAUUCUACUGAAUGUACUUUACAUUCUUAAUUUCAAUACAUUCAUAUCACUUUUGCAGCAGGGGCCAUGUCACUUUGAAUAAGUAGUGAUUUUCUGUGUUUUACAUGACAGUUGAUUGAAGGGUUACUGCCAUGGAGGCUGGAGCACGCAUGUAAUGUAGCCUGGCAAAAUGCAUAUAUUACAGUUAAUUUAAGACGGUAGACAACUCUUCCUGCCAAAUUUCUUAGUGUUUAUUAGGGAGCCACUGAGUUAAUUAUUGUGGUGAUUUAAUGUUAGCCCAUGAGGCUAAUUCUAUGCAGUUUGUCCACUAAGCACUGCUGCUGUAGCUCUUAGCAGUUGAUGCCA